AUGAUAAUAAAAAACAACGAAUAAAGAACAUCAAUAAAUAAAUCACAAACAAUCAUUGUCAAUCCAAUUAGAAAGUAAUAAAGAUUUGUAUCAUAUGUAGAUCUUAAUCUAUCUUUUUAACUACAUCAAAUUAAAAUAUUAUGAGUUUUAAGGAAAUUAGUUCAAAACAAUAAUAAUUGAAUCGUGUACUCAAUUACAAUAUAAAUUAUUCGCAAUCUGUCAAUACAUCAAUGUAUUCGAUUGAAUGUUCUACCACCAAAUCUAAAAUUAGAAAUCGAGUAAAUUAAGGGGAUUUUUGUUCAAAAUUUAUGUAACUGGAUAAAGAAAUAAUAGAAGUUUAUAGUGAAUUUGAAAAGAAUUAUAGAUCCAUUAAUUAAUAAGACAAAUUAGAACAUAUAUAAUAUUAGACUAAUAAGUAUUUAGAAGUUAACCCCAAAAGUAUAAAAUAAUUAAUUUAAACUCAUGAUGGUUUAUUAUAGUCAGACUUAAUGCAAGGAGAUUAAAAUCAUAUUAAAAUAAAUAGAUUUAAGUUCAAUUAUUUUAGAAAGAAACUAAAAGGCAAAGUAUCUCCAAUACAUGUCUUUUUUAAUGUACCAGAUAGAGUUUAAACAUCAUCUCUUAAAACAUUCAUAUCUAUAAAAGCUGAGUUUCCUACAAAAUUCAAUGCAGGAUAUAUCAUGCAUUCUCGAUUUGCAAAAAUUUUUUCUGAAAAAAAUUAACAUUAUUUCAGUGAAGAAUAUUUAUUUAUUACACGCUAUUCUGAUGUUGAUUUCGAAUUCUCUAUUAAUUUUUCAUUUGGUAAUUCAUAAAUUAUCAAAUCCCCUAUCAAAUAAUAACAUGAACCUUCUGAGUUGAUUCAAGAUAUUUAACCAUUAAUUUAAAAACCUUAAGCAAGAGAUAAGAUUUUAGGAAAUUUAUCUGUGACAGACUAUUAAUAAGAUACUUUCAGUAUUAUCAGAAAGAUUAUAAAAAAAAAGGCUAAAUCUAUGAGAUAAUCUAUCAUAGAUCACUUAAAAGAAAAGCUUUGA